AUGCUGCGGCUGCCCCUACGAACCAGUGCUUCUUCGCACUUCCUCAAGGUGCGCUGCGAUAGCGUCCUCCGCUAUCGGCCUGCAGUAUACAGCGCAGCUCGACGGGAUUUCACCAGCUGUUCUACCUCUUUUCCUAGAUUCUCGCAGUUUAACCGGUCAGAUUUUGGAAAUCAAUCAUGGUCUAGCAGCUAUGAGCCUGGGCUUCCCACAGCUGGCCCUCUAGGCGCGACUCCGGCUUUCGGAGCUCCCCGAAUCACGCCGCGAGUACUGAAGCAGUAUCUCGACCAGUUUGUUGUUGGACAGGAUCGGGCAAAGAAGAUUCUCAGUGUUGCUGUAUACAAUCACUACCAGCGCGUGCAAGAAUUGCAACGACGGGGAGAGGAAGCUGAGGAGGAACAAGCCAAACGUGAGCGGAAAGAAGCUCUUGAGGGCCACCCGGUAGAGGAUGAAUUUCCCGGUCAAAACCGGACAGUUCGCGUGUCUACGAACCGAAAUCAAUCGCCUUCUCCGUCGGACCUACCGGAGCUCGUCGAUACGGCACCGCUACAACUCGAAAAGUCCAAUAUCCUUCUCAUGGGCCCGUCUGGUGUGGGAAAGACAUUGAUGGCAAAGACGCUGGCUAGAGUGCUUUCCGUCCCGUUUAGCAUCUCCGACUGCACGUCGAUCACCCAAGCCGGUUAUAUCGGAGAGGACGCCGAGGCGUGCGUCCACAGGCUAUUAGCGGCCUCCAACUAUAAUGUUGAGCAAGCAGAGCGUGGUAUAAUUGUACUAGACGAGGUGGACAAACUUGCAGCAGCCAAGGUCAGCCAUGGCAAGGAUGUAAGUGGAGAGGGUGCGCAGCAAGCCCUUUUGAAGAUCAUCGAAGGUACAACAGUACAGGUCCAGGCGAAGCAAGAGCGCAAUUCUCCUCAUGCUGGUGGCACACCCAACACCUACCCAUCCAACAGUCCACUGGGGAAUCCUCCGAAUUCGGGCAGUCAACCAGCAAAGGGAGAGGUUUACAAUGUACGUACGGAUAACAUCCUGUUCGUAUUCUCCGGUGCGUUCGUUGGUCUGCACAAGGUGAUCAUGGAUCGGAUAUCACGCGGCUCGAUUGGUUUCGGGCAGCCCGUUCGAUCAGCAACCAGCACGGGCGAUCGUCCUGGGGAAGCAGGUGCAGGGAAUAACCAGCCCAUUCCCAUCCUACCGGGCUCAGAGGAGGAAGAGUUAUACAAGAAACAUCUGCCGUUCUUCACGCCACCUUCAAUCGCAUCGCCUGAUAGCGAACCAAGCUAUUUCAACUCGCUAGACCUUGUCACCCCUACCGACCUACAGAACUACGGCUUCAUCCCCGAAUUAGUAGGCCGUGUACCUGUUACAGCCGCCCUCGCCACCCUAACACAAGCCCUCCUCGUCCGCAUCCUGACCGAACCCCGCAACUCUUUAUUGGCACAAUACACCACCCUCUUCUCGCUAUCCGGCAUCGAACUCCGCUUCACCACCCUGGCUUUGCACAAGGUCGCCGCCAACGCCUUCCAAAUGGGAACCGGGGCGCGCGCUCUCCGCACGGAAAUGGAGACGAUCCUCAGCGACGCGAUGUUCGAAGCGCCGGGCUCUAGCGUGAAAUUCGUCCUUGUUACGGAAGCCGUCGCAGACCGCAAAGAGAAGCCCAUUUACCUAGCGCGUGGCCAGGGUGGAAAGUUCCAUUCGAUGAUUGCAACAGAGGAGAGCCAGUGGGAAGAGAAGGUUCAGCGAGAGAAGAAGGACAAGGAGUCCAAGGCAAAGGCUCAAUCGAAGGAAGGGAUCAACUUUACGUCGAAUUACCAAGAACGAUCUCAUGCUUCGGGAUCCUGA